AUGUCGGUGAAAGUUAUUCGGAAAGCUUUCCGACAUGACACCUGGAGUCCGUCAGAAAUCGAUUUUGUGUUUGCACUCUCAAGAUUACCUCUAGAAGAUCAGCAGUCUGCCUUGCGAUUCGUUCAUCAACGUGACGUUCUAAGCGCACUGGCUGGUCGGUUACUUGUGCGUCAUGUCGCAGUUUCCGUGUUAAAUUUAAGCUCGACUCUCCUCAGAGUUCAAAGAGACAAUCUCGGAAGGCCUUUUCUGACUGAUUAUCAGUCUAGGCUAGAUUUCAACAUUUCACAUGGCGGCGAGUACACCGUCAUUGUUGCGACAACUGAAGGGCGUUGUGGAGUGGACAUAAUGAAGGUGGAAUUGCCACCAUCGGUGAACAGCGCUUCCGCUUUUGUUGCGAAAAUGCGUUCAAUAUUCGCUCCUUCAGAAUUCGAACUGAUCGUUUCCCAAGAUACUGAACGCGCUCAGAUGAACUAUUUCUAUCGCCACUGGGUGAGUCACAAAUGUUGCUUUUAA